AUCUUUGCCCUUACUGUUAUAAAAUAAGACUUAAAAUUUUUGGUAUAUUAAGGAUAAAUCACGCUAAAAGCGUAGCUAUUAGCAAGCGGUAAACAUAAUGGCACACUCUUCAGGGUCAUCAGAAAGCCUCAAAAGUGGAUUAAUAGAUUUCACUGCUGGUUCUUUAGGUGGUGUCGCAGUUGUUUAUGUUGGCCAACCACUUGAUACAGUUAAAGUUAAGAUGCAGACUUUUCCACACUUGUACAAAGGCAUGUUUGAUUGUCUAAAGCAAACAUUAAAAAAGGAUGGUAUUAUACGAGGUCUUUAUGCAGGCACCACACCAGCUAUUUUAGCAAAUGUUGCUGAAAACUCUGUGUUAUUUGCUGCAUAUGGUUAUUGUCAAAAGUUUGUCUGUCAUGUCACAGGAACACAGAGUGUAGACCAGUUGUCAACAUUAGGGAAUGCAACGGCAGGGUUCUUAGCUGCUUUCUUUUCAUCAUUCACCCUAUGCCCUACAGAGCUUGUAAAAUGUCAGCUGCAAGCAAUGCGAGAAGUUUCCGUACAGGGCUCACAAACAGCUGUGACACCUGUAAAGCUGACACCCAUAAAGCUGACUCAACAAAUAUUCCGACAAUAUGGCAUACAAGGGCUCUAUAGAGGACUUGUACCUACGAUCAUGAGGGAAAUGCCUGGAUACUUUUUCUUUUUUGGAGGAUAUGAAGGUACAAGAGUCUUGUUAGCCGAGCCGGGUCAAUCAAAAGAUGACAUAGGUUUCGUGAAGACGAUGAUCGCAGGCGCUGUCGGCGGCUUAGUCCUCUGGACGAUAAUAUUCCCCUCUGAUGUAAUCAAGUCCAGAAUGCAGAUAAGCAAUAAGAGCCAAAAGUUCAUGACGGUCGCUGCCGAUAUUGUGAGAAAAGAGGGUGCGCUAGCUCUCUACAACGGGCUACUGCCUACUUUAGUACGGACAAUUCCCGCGACUGCAGCUCUCUUCGUAGUCUACGAAUACUCAAAAAAAUUCAUGCACCAAUCAUUUGGUGACUAACAUUGCUAUUUUUGUAUGUACUUACGUUGUGGACCAAUUAAAUUAUUUAAUAUAU